AUGCCCGCUGGGAACACACAGGACGUGGCACCUGAACCCCCGGACUCCUCACUCCCAGGGCUUUUCCUUUCCUGUCCCCAGAAUGCGAGUGACUCUUUCAACUCCGUCCUGAACAGCACCUCCCUCUGGGAUGAGGGAGGCGAGGGGGAGGUUGUGACGGCUGUAACGUUCGUCCUGGAGACAAUGGAACUGUCCACGCUGGCCAUUGCACUCCAGUCUCCGGAGAAGACAACACAGAACAUGAUGACACCAUCUAUGGCUGUCCAGACACGACUCAUCACAGGGAACUGCAGCCAGCACAGUGAAGUCUUCACGCUGAGAGCUCACGAGGAGACGAUGGACGUGCACUGUGAUACAGUCACCGGGGCAGCCACACAAGGUUUGGGGGCUGCUGCUUUUAUUUCCUACUCCACCCUGGACUCCAUCAUCAGUGCGAGACGUCUCAGCGAGGGAAAUCUACCGGCUGGUGGGAAGCUGGAGAAGAGUCAUCUCAACUCCAGGGUGGUGAGUGGAGCCCUCGGAGACGGGAGACCCAUUCACCUCUCCAGACCCGCACACUUCACCCUGCAACAUAAACAGGCCAAAAAAGAGGACGAAGAAUCCUUUUGUGUCUACUGGAAAGUAGUGGCCGGGAGCGGCAGCUGGUCUCCGGACGGCUGCACCGCCGUGGACACGAACAGCACUCACACCACCUGCAGCUGUGACCAUCUCUCCAGCUUUGCCGUCCUAACGGCUUUCACCACAGAGACGGUAUCUCACCGUGAGACUCGGAUCACAGGGCUGGACCCUGAGCUCCGCACUCAGCCGUGGGCAAAGCUCUCCCUGGAGCGACUGGAGGCUUUGCUGGGGAAAAGGCUGAGUCGGAGCCGAGGGGGCUGGGCUGGGGUCACUGGUGAUUGUCCCUUUGCUGUGUUACAGGAGAGUUACCCACUGACCAUCAUCACCUAUGUGGGACUGACCCUCUCCCUGCUGUGCCUCUUCCUCACCAUCCUCACCUUCCUCCUGUGCCGCUCCAUCCGCAACAUCAGCACCUCCCUUCUCCUGCAGCUCUGCCUCUGCCUCUUCCUGGCCGACCUGCUCUUCCUCACCGCGGAGACCCGCACCCGCAGUCAGGUGGCGUGUGCUGUCAUUGCUGGGCUCCUACACUACCUCUUCCUGGCCUGCUUCUCCUGGAUGUUCCUGGAGGGGCUGCACCUCUUCCUCACCGUCAGGAACCUGAAGGUCAUGAAUUACACCAGCGCCAGCCUGUUCAAGAAGAGAUUCAUGUACCCGUUCGGCUACGGAUUCCCAGCCCUGGUGGUGGCUAUUUCUGCAGCGGUGAAUCCUGACGGCUACGGAACUUCCAAACACUGCUGGCUCAGCCCGGAGAGAGGCUUUCGUUGGAGCUUCCUGGGUCCAGUCUGUGCCAUAAUCCUGAUAAAUAUAACGUUCUUUGCCUUGACCCUGUGGAUCCUGAGAAACAGACUCUCUUCCCUCAAUGCAGGUGUGUCCACGCUCAAAGACCACAGGUUACUGACCUUUAAAGCCAUUGCCCAGCUCUUCAUUCUGGGCUGCACAUGGAGCCUUGGUCUCCUCCAAGUCGGCCCAGCAGCCACGGUCAUGGCGUAUUUAUUCACCAUCGUCAACAGCCUGCAGGGAGCCUUCAUCUUCCUGGUGCACUGUCUCCUCAAUCGCCAGGUGAGAGAGGAGUACAGGAGAUGGAUCAAGGGUUUCCAAACGUUGAGCACAAAAUAUCAGAUGUCCGAUUUAUCCAUGUCUGCUGUUCCCACCACCAGCACCAAGACGGAGUAA